AUGAGCCUGCUGGAUGUUGGCGGACUUCCUCCAGAAUUCUUAGAACCCGUCGAAUUCGAGGAAGUUGAGCUGGUCGAGAACGACCUAGAUUUGGAUGGAGGUGAUGGAUCUGCUGCAGUUGUUUAUGUUAACAAUGACAGUGAUAAUUUUGUUCCUGAAGAAGUUUACCAAUGGGCAGACGGAACAGUCACAAUUGAGAAAGUUGUUGACAACGGAGAAGAGGUUGCUCUUCAACCGUUCAUUGAUGGUGAAGACACAGUUUAUAACGAUCCCCAGUUUGAGUACGAAGAAGAUGUGGAGGUUGACGUUGAAGGACAACAAUUCCUGGAUCUAAAUAUUCCGGCAAACAACUCGAAUCCUACGCAUUUCGUUGAUUACGAUGGUGUCGAGUAUAUUGAAGCCGGACUCUUUCCAGUUGCUAGCGAAGGUCUUGUGGAUAACGAUGUCAUAACAGGGGAAGACACAAUGGAUGACGGCGAAAUGUUUGACGACUGUGAAGCUUCAGGUGAAUAUGAAGCUGUGGCGGAAGCGGAACCUAUGAACACUGGUCGCCGGAAACCGGCCACAAUCGUGCAGUGCGAAAUUUGUGGUGUUUUACUGAAACAUCCGUCCAAAAUAGAAGCCCACAUGCGGACCCAUACAGGAGAGAAACCUUUCGAAUGCAAUUUUUGUGGGAUGAAGUUUACGCAACGCACUCCGAUGCUCAAUCACAUCCGUCGGCAUUUGGGUCAAAUGCCAUAUACCUGUAGCUAUGGGUGCGGGAAGAAAUUUGUCAAUAAUGCCCAAAGAAACGCUCAUGAACUGAGGCAUCUGGGCACGAAACGGGCUGGUCCUCCUCGUCCUCAUCUGAAGCCCCCUAAGCGAACUAUCUCUACCAAAGCCCCUUCAAAAUCUGAUACGCGAGUUCGGCAGUCAGAAGAAGAACGUUCUACUAUGGUUGAUUUUGCUCCGUCUGUCGGUCAAAUUGAACCAGCCAUAUCAGCAACAGCUAGUAAAAGAUUGGACGAAAUCAUUGAGUCGGUAGUGUCUGGUGUCCCAAUCAAGAAACGAAAAGUACGGCCAAGUAGAGCACCUAUGCUUGUUCAAUGCCAAAUCUGUGGCUUGAUGCUGAAGCACGCUAGCAAGAUUAGG